AUGCGCCCAGCACUCACCACCGCCGCCGCCGCCGUUCUCGCCCGGUCGACCCCCAGAGCAUCCGCCCUCCUUCCUUCAAUACGCUUCUCCUCCUCCGCCUCGACGACACCAGCCCCCGCCGCCGUUGCGAGACCGUACGUCAUUGGCCUUACCGCCGGCAACCAGUUCCCCGUCUACCCGAGUACAAAGGCCGCCGGAUCUUCCAAGUUCACCGUCGUCAAGAAGAUCGAGGGCAACAAGAAGGCCUUCGCCCAGGACCUUGCCCGCGAGGCAGGCUUCCCCGCCGAGGAUGUCAAGCUGAACCCCGUGACGGGUCACGUCCAGAUCAAGGGCUUCCACGUCGACAAGGUAAAGCAAUGGCUGAGUACCGCGAUGGGCAAAUCUACCGCUGCAGUAUGA